AUGGCCAAGAUUUUCGCAGCAAGAAUUCUUGAAAAAGCAACCAAUAACUUUCACAAAACCAAUGUCGUAGGUCAAGGAGGCUAUGGUACAGUUUACAAAGGUAAAUUAGAAGAUGAUACAAUGGUUGCCAUUAAAAAAUCUAAGUCGAUUGAUGAGAGCCAGAUCGAGCAAUUUAUCAAUGAGGUGAUCAUGCUAUCAGAAGUUAGCCACCCAAAUAUUGUCAAACUCUUGGGUUGUUGCCUAGAGACACAGACUCCUCUUCUAGUUUAUGAAUUUGUAACCAACAAGACCGUCUUCCAUCACAUACAUGAAAAAAACAAUACAUCAUCCAUGACGUUCGAAAGGCGACUAAACAUAGCUACACAGACUGCAAAAGCCCUUGCUCAUAUGCACUCAACCACACAAAUCAUUCAUAGAGACAUUAAAUCAUCAAACAUACUUUUGACUGAUGACUACAUUGUAAAAGUUUCUGAUUUUGGAAUCUCAAGGUUCAUUCCUGCAAAUCAAACUCACAUCCAAACAUUGGUGCAUGGGACUCUUGGGUACAUAGAUCCUGAGUACUUCCGAUCAGGAAUUUUGACAGAGAAGAGUGAUGUGUAUAGUUUUGGCAUGUUUCUGGUGGAGCUGAUCACAGGCAGAAAGGUCUUUUCACAUGAUGGAACUGAAAGUGACUUGGGUUUGGCAAUGUUUUUUGUUUUAUCACUAGAAAGGGGUUGCUUGAUUCAAAUUCUUCACGAUCAAGUGAAGAAAGAUGGGAUCAGUGACCAUAUUGAUUAUAUUGCCAAGAUUGCAAAAGACUGUAUUGAGCUAGAGGGCAAAAAAAGGCCUACUAUGGAGGCAGUGAAAAAGAAGCUUGAACAACUGAGAGAAUCUUUCAUAAAGAGUUGUCCUGGUGAACCCUGGUCAUAUUCUCUUGUUUAA